AUGAUGACAUCCAAAGAGGUGGCCAAAUGUGAUGCAGUGGAAAACAGGAGGCGAAGUCCGCUGGACCACUUGCCGCCUCCUGCCAACUCCAACAAGCCGCUGACCCCCUUCAGCAUCGAGGACAUCCUCAACAAACCGUCUGUGAAACGAAGUUACACGAUUUGCGGAACGGCUCAUCUAAUUUCGUCCUCUGAGAAGCACCGUCCGUCCAGCAUCCCUCUGUCCAGCCGCGCUCUCCUCACCCAGACCUCCCCGCUCUGCGCGCUGGAGGAGCUGGCCAGCAAGACCUUCAAGGGGCUGGAAGUCAGUGUUUUGCAGGCUGCGGAAGGCCGGGACGGGAUGACUCUGUUCGGCCAGAGAAGCACCCCGAAGAAGCGUCGGAAGUCUCGGACGGCGUUCACCAAUCACCAGAUCUACGAGCUGGAGAAGCGCUUCCUGUACCAGAAGUACCUGUCCCCCGCAGACCGGGACCAGAUCGCGCAGCAGCUGGGCCUGACGAACGCGCAGGUUAUCACGUGGUUUCAGAACCGGAGGGCCAAGCUAAAACGGGACCUGGAGGAGAUGAAGGCCGACGUGGAGUCGGCCAAGGCCAUAGGCCAGGUCCCCUUGGACAAGCUCGCCAAGCUGGCAGAUCUGGAGAAAUGCGCCAACGGCACGCUGGGCCACCCGCGAGCCGAGUCCCCCGCGCGGGGCGGCCAACAGGAGCACGAGCUCGCUCAGAAACUGCGGACGUCGCCGCUGUCUCCCUUCUCAGACCACACAACUAGUAAAGAGUGCUCAGAGGACGAGGACGUGGAGAUUGAUGUGGAUGACUGA